UUGUGUGAAAAUGGCAAAGUGCACUUCUAUCAACUUUGCUUGGGAUAUUGCCACGAAAUGUCUCUCAGACAACACUUUCCAAAAGGAGCAGCAUAUUGACAGAUUAACAAGGUUCAAGCCUGCAGUCGAGUAUCUGCUCGAGCAGGGUUUGGAGAUCCUAGUUACAGAAUGGUUUAUGGAGACUUUCCAGCAAGACCUGCAGAGCAGGAUCGCGCCAAAUUUCUGGUCCACCUUCAAGAUUGACGACACAUCAUCGUCAACGAUAUGCCUGGAUUGCCUCACCCGUGGAAUAAACAUCCUCCACUCCUCAAUCGUUCCGUAUGCUAACAGCCUCAGUCUGCUUGCCAGCGUCCUCCCCAAUGGGGGCCGGUCACUCGAGGAGCGCUUUGAUGUCCUCGUGAAGGCCCUUCUCUUCUAUCGCACUCCGAUGCACUUUUCUGAAGUCGUUAAGACGGUGUACUCGUCUGUCUUUAAAGCAUUUAGCGAUGGUGAUGACAAAAAGGAACGAAUCAGAACGAGCGAUGACAGUGAGAUGGACAUGGAUGAGAGUACGGACAUCGAGAAGGAUGAUGAUGAUGGUGACGAUGAUGAGGGAGGAGACACAGAACAUAUAUCGGCCCCCUCUAACUCGGAUACCCUGACAGCUUUUCACCAAAUAAAUGCACAGUUGUAUUCCCUGGGCUUGCUUGAGAGGGUGUGUGGUGAGCCUGUCACAUCUAUUAUCCAUCAGAAGAUCAAACAUCACGUAGACCAGCAGUGUGCUGGAGAGUUUGAGAAGUCGUUCAUUUCGUCGCUAGAAAGCUGGUUAGACAACAAAGUGAUGGGAUGGCUACAUUUGGUCUUCUUUGGCAAGAAUGCAGAGCGCCCCCAAAGUCCUGUAAUGUCACAGUCCCUGCAGCAGUGGAAAGAGAGGCUUCAAUACUACUUGUAUCAGACAUUAGCUGAAUUGAGAAUUCAGGAGCUGUUUAACAUCAUCGUCGAGUUCCCUGAAUCGAUGAGUGCUCUGAACGACCUCAAGAGCUGCUUGGAGAAGACCGACCUGAGAACCAAGCUGGUCCAGUCUCUACGGAGUGCCUUCGAGAACAGACUUCUUCAUCCAGGUGUGAACACAACUGAUAUCUUAACCCAAUACAUAUCUUCCAUAAGAGCAUUACGGGUGCUGGAUCCCUCUGGAAUCGUCUUAGAGCUUGUGUGCGAACCCAUCCGCAAGUACCUCAGAACAAGAGAGGACACCGUCCGCUGUAUUGUAUCCAGUCUGACCGACGAUAGUUCCAAUGAGUUGGCUGACGAACUGGUCAAAGCUCAACCGGUCAACGUGGAGGAGGGAGCAGCGACAGGAACAGAGGAAGCUAACCCGUUUGACUGGCAGCCAGACCCCAUUGAUGCUGACCCAAGUCAAACUUCCAAAAGCAGGAGAACAUCAGACAUCAUCAGCACGUUGGUCAACAUCUACGGGAGCCGUGAGCUGUUUGUCAACGAGUACCGUAACCUGCUCGCGGACCGCAUCCUCUCCAGCUUCAGCUACGAUACGGCGAGGGAGCUGCGUAACCUGGAGCUUCUCAAGCUUCGGUUCGGAGAGACGCAGCUCCACCAGUGCGAGGUGAUGCUGAAAGAUGUGGCCGACUCCAAGAGGUGCAAUACCCAUGUUUUGAGUGAGAAGGAGAAGAAGAGGAAAGAGGAGGAGAAAAAGAAGGAGGAGGAGGAGAAGAAGAAGGAGGCAGGAGAGGAGGCAGGAGAGGAAGAGGAAGAAGGAGGAGCAGCAAAGGGAGGUGGGAAUGUGGAAGAUGGAGGGAAGGAAGAGAAAGAUGGAGAACAAGCAGAGGAUGCUAUCGAUGGAGGGGAGGAUAAAGAAAAUGAAGAAGUGACUACUCCCACUCAUCCAAGUCCAGAGAUGGUAUCAAAUCCAGAGGGAGCGCCAAUUCCAGAGGAGAUGGACUUCAACACAAUGAUACUCUCAGCCCAGUUCUGGCCUAACCUGAAGGAGGAGAAGCUUGAGGUACCACAGGAAAUCAAACAGUGGAUGGAAACCUACACCAAGUCCUACGAGGUAUUGAAAGGGAUGAGGACAUUGAACUGGAAGACCAAUCUAGGACAAGUGACCCUUGACAUCGAGCUACGAGAUAGGACAGUGACCCUGACGGUCUCUCCAAUACAGGCCACCAUCAUUAUGCACUUCCAAGAAAGAGAGAGAUGGACCAUCCAGGAACUGAGCGAGAAGAUGCAGGUGCCUGGGGGCGCUGUUCGUCGCAAGAUAGCGUACUGGCAGAGCCAGGGCCUGCUGAAGGAGGAGUCACAUGACACCUUUGUCUUGGUGGAAGAAAAACAAGGCUCCACCCAGAAUCAGGAGAUGGUGAUGAUUGACAGCGACGAGGAGGCGGAGUCAGCGACUGCGUCCGUGGAGGACCAGAAAGAGGAGAAUCUUCAGAUGUACUGGUCAUUUAUCACUGGCAUGCUGAUGAACCUUGAGAGCCUUCCGUUGGAGCGAAUCCACUCCAUGCUCAAGAUGUUUGCCAUCCAGGGCCCUUCCACGACGGAGUUCACCGAGAACGAGCUCCGACAUCUUCUAGAGACAAAGGUCAGGGAACAGCAGCUUGUCUACUCGGCAGGGACCUAUCGCCUACCACAACAAAGGUAGAACAGGUCUCUGAAGGACUUUGAAGACAGGUUUGAUGUUCCAAGGGCUUUCCCGGAGAGAGUUUACAGAGAAACAGCUCCAAAAUCUUCUAGAGACCAAGGUUAGGGAACAGCAGCUUAUUUACUCGGCGGGGACCUAUCGCCUACCAAAACAAAGGUAGAAUAGGUCUCUGAAGAACUUUAGAGAAAGUUUUGAUGUUCCAAGGGCUUUCCCGGAUAGAGUGUGCAGAGAAUGAGCUCCAACAUCUUGUAGAUUGGGUUUAGGAAACGACAGCUUCUUCUUCUAGAGACCAAGGUUAGAGAACAGCAGCUUAUCUACUCGGCAGGGACCAAUCGCCUUCCUCAGCAAAGAUAGAACAGCUCUCUAAAGGCCUUUGGAGAAAGGCUGGAUGUUCCAGGGGCUUUCUCGGACAGAGUUUACUGAGAACGAGUUCCGACAUCUUCUAGAGACAAAGGUCAGGGAACAGCAUGCUUAUCUAAUCGGCAGGGACCUAUCGCCUACCACAACAAAGGUAGAAUUGGUUUUGAAGGACUUUGCAGACAGUUUCGAUGUUCGAUAGGGCUUUCCCAGAUAUACAGAGAAUAAGUUCCAACAUCUUGUAGACCGUGCUUAGGAAACACCAGCUUAUUCUUCUAGAGACAAGGUUAGGGAACAGCAGCGUAUUUACUCUGCAGGGACCUAUCGCCUUCCUCAGCAAAGGUAGAGUAGGUCUCUGAAGGAUUUCGAAGAUGUUUGCCAUCCAGGGCCCUUCCACGACAGAGUUCACCGAGAAUAAGCUCCAACAUCUUGGAGACUGGGUUUAGGAAACAGCAGCUUGUUUCCUCGAAUGGGACCUAUUGCCUUCCUCAGCAAAGGUAGAACCGGUUUCUGAAGGACUUUGAAGAAGUUUUGAUGUUCCAAGGGCUUCCCCAGAUAUUAUUGACAGAGAAUGAGCUCCACCAUCUUGUGAACUGGGUUUCAGAAACAGCAGCUAAUUGACUCAGUUGGGACCUAUCGCAUUCCUCAACAAAGGAAGAACAGGUCUGUGUAGAAGAUGUAUCCAGUACUAAUUGGUUUGUAACAAAGACAAGCUAAAGCAUAUCUAAGACACUACAGUCCGAGAACUGCAGCCCUUCUGCUUGACUGGGACCUAGUGCUUCAAUCAAGACAGAACUGAUAUUUCAAGGAAUAUAGGUAAUUUCUCAAAUUCAUUUCAUUGGCCUAAGGCCAUUUCAUUCUGCCCUUGUCUGCAGUACCAAACAUAGGACACUCAUAAGAACUAUGCCUUCACUUUGACGACCACCAGCAAAAUGAGGACGCCCCUGGUCCGAGAACUCUGUAAAUACACCCUUUCACGGUUACAAGAGUACGCAUGCGCUGACAUGGGCGCCAUUUCUAAUUACGAGUAAUUAACAAAUACUCGUAAUUAAAAAUGGCGCCCAUGUCAAUAUGAUAUCAUCGCACAGCACAGGCAGUGACGCAAUAAUACAUGCGCAUCUGAAAACAAUGAUGACGCAAUGAUUACGCGCAUAUUAAAAUGGCGGCCUUAACCGUGAAAGGGUGCAUAGUUUAAAAUUUGAUGCACUUUCACAUAGGGGUACCGGUAGGUUUAUUUAGGUGUUCCAUUUGGAUGGAGAAAGUAGGUCCUCGGUUUAUAUGCAGUGAAUUUCCAGAUCGUCCUCGGGAUGUUUUAAUGCCUUCAAACAUUUGGCUUUGAAUAUCUAAUAACGCACACCCCAUCGCAGCUCUAACUAUUUGGACUUCAUUUGUCGCCAUUGUAAUAGAAACUGUAAUAAGGUGUAUAUAUUGAAUAAAAUUAUACAUAUGAACUUUGUA